ACAUUUACGUCGGUCUCCCUGGGUGCCCUCCCUCACUUUUUGCUUGAAGCUUGGGGAGAACGUCGGACGCCGCGCGGAUCAAACAUCAUGGCCAACCCACCAUCAAGCCAACUGCCUCGCUAUCUCCAGCUCACUAUCUCCGCAACCAAUCUACCUUUCCUCGCUAUCGCGUAUCUCUGGACACUGGUCCUAUGCGCUACACGAUCUGUCUGGCAUCUACUAUGUCACACAUGCAGGGAGAACUGGGUCUUCCUCUGCAUCUUCUACCUGCAUCUAUGGCAGACAUUCAAGGACUUACCACCAAUCCGGCCAGUUGCACGUCACUGGAGGGGCAUUGUAGCCACGCUCCUCUUUGCUGGAUGUGCAGCACCCGCUGGUCUUAUACUUCACGCGAGUAUUCUGCUCUUCCGACUUGACUGGGAGAAUUGGAAGGAUGAGAGAAGGACGGAGAUCGUGCAGCACCUUGCCUUCUUCGUGGUAACGUGUGCGCCUGCUUGUACCGUGUUGAGUGCUGCGUCUACAGCGGCAUACUUUAUGUGGAAACAGAGAAAGCACGGACAAUACCAGGCCAGUAUGCGGAAGCUGGGCAGGGGGUACUGGGCUGAUCCGAGGGACCUUGAGGACUGGAGGAAGUGGAAGAGUAGGAAGGAUGCUGUGGAUAGGCUGAAGGCUUGGGAGGCUACAAACGACAGGAGGAAUUUCAUCGUCGAUGUACUCUGCGUUGGAUGUGGAAUUGUGAAGGCAGGCCUGAGCAGGCGAUGCAAGAUGUGUGGUGCGUACGAUGAGAAGUAUGUGAGGAGGCAGAAGAUAUUGUGAUAGGAGAUGAUGAGGCAACUUCGAUAUGGGUAAGAAAUGCAUCAAUUAUAGUCUCAAUUACUGCACAUACAACCAAGCCAAAGGAAAAGGUAUCUCGAC